AUGGCCGACGAGAUCGACUAUGAAGCCCUGCCCUCCAAUGCAGGUCUCGCCGUGAACAUGUUGGCUGGUGCCCUUGCUGGCAUUUCAGAGCAUGCUGUCAUGUUCCCCGUAGACAGCAUCAAAACACGGAUGCAGGUUUUCGCGACCUCGCCUGUGGCCGUCUACAGCGGUGUUGGCAAUGCCUUUACCCGAAUAUCCUCCACCGAAGGCAUGAGAGCAUUGUGGAGAGGUGUCUCUUCCGUUAUUCUUGGUGCUGGUCCUGCCCACGCAAUCCACUUUGGAACACUAGAGGCGGUAAAGGAAUUGGCGGGAGGGAACGAAGCUGGAAACCAAUGGCUGGCAACCUCUCUGGCAGGAGCGUCAGCUACGAUUGCAAGUGACGCGUUCAUGAACCCCUUCGACGUUAUCAAACAGCGUAUGCAACUUCACAAAUCUGAAUUUCGGUCUGCGUGGCAAUGCGCUCGCACUGUCUACGGUGCUGAAGGAUUUGGCGCAUUUUACAUCUCCUACCCCACCACUCUCGCCAUCACCAUUCCGUUCAACGCCAUCCAGGUCACUGUCUACGAACAUAUAAAACGUUUCGCUAAUCCAAGAAACGAGUAUUCUCCCGCUACACACAUCGUUGCCGGAGGAAUCGCUGGCGCUGUAGCCGCAGCAGUCACGACACCGUUAGACGUCGCCAAAACCAUCUUACAGACGCGAGGGACCGCUACAGACGCUGACAUCCGCAAUGCUCGGGGGAUGGUCGAUGCAUUCCGUGUUAUCUGGACAAGAGAUGGCCUCAAAGGCUUUGGACGAGGACUCACACCGCGGGUGUUAACAAUCAUGCCAAGUUCUGCUCUUUGCUGGAUGUCGUACGAAUUCUUUAAGGCGGCAAUACGAUCUGACUAG